CUUCUGUGGGCUGAGAUGACGACAGAAACUAGUGAGGGGGUGGAGAACGAGAGAGAAAGAGAGACCGAUUCAGACUCCGAUCAGUAUUCUCGUUCUGUGUGAGCAUCUCACUGCGAUGCCAAUAUAGGAAGCCUGAGGUACGGUGUCCUGUUGCGGAGCUUGAAUAGAAAAUCCAUAUCCCAGGAUGCAGUGGUGUAGGUGGGCCAGCAGCUGGAGGUCACACCUACCUGGGCAGUUUGCGGAGCCGGAUCUUGAGGACUCCUUCGACUUUCUCUUUAAGAUCAUCCUGGUUGGGGACUCGGAUGUUGGGAAGACGUGCAUGGUGCAGCGCUUCAAGUCCGGCAUAUUCAUCGAGAAGCAGCAGAACACCAUAGGGGUCGACUUCACCGUCCGUACUCUGGAUAUAGACGGAAAGAAGGUGAAGAUGCAGGUGUGGGACACAGCGGGACAGGAGCGUUUCCGCACCAUAACCCAGAGCUACUACCGCAGUGCCCACGGGGCGAUGGUGGCCUACGACAUCAGCCGCCGCAGCACGUUUGAGUCGAUCCCCCACUGGAUCCGGGAGGUGGAGCAGUACGGAGCUGCCAGCGUGGUGCUGAUACUCCUCGGUAACAAGUCCGACCUCCACGCUCGGCGGCAGGUGCUGUUCGAGGACGCGUGCACCGUGGCCGAGAACAACGGCGUCCUGGCCGCCCUGGAGACGUCGGCCAAGGACGCGCAGAACGUGGAGGCCGCCUUCAUCCUCAUGGCCCGCGAGCUGCUGGCGCGCAACGACACGACCAUCACGGACGAGGCGCCUCACUUCACGCUGAGUAACAGCUCUCGACCGGUCCGUGGUUCUUUGGAUAAAAAAUGUGCUUGCUGAGAGGACUGAAGCAGGGAUGCAGUGUGUGUGUGUGUGUGUGUGUCUGUUUGGAGGUUUCUUUAUCAAACAAGGAAAUAGAAACUGUUGCAUUAUGUGUGUAUGCGUGUGUGUGAAUAUGUGUUUUAAUAUUUAUACAGUUAGUCAUAUCUGUAAUAUGUGGUUUUUAAAUGGUUUGUUGCUUAUCAAACGUAUUAGUAAUAUUCCUCUGAGGAUAAUGGCUGCUGAAUAUGGUAACAAACCACACCUCUGCUGGAGGACUGUACUUAAACCACGCCACAGUAAACACGACAUCUUAACAGGAUGUGCAACUUCUUUCAGUCUUUUUAAUUGUUCUUCCGCACAGUAUGGCUUUUUCAGUACACAACCACAGCUCCUUCGUUUAAACCUGCAAUUAGAGUCAACAUUUUUUAACCUCAAUUGCAAGAUAAAAUAUUUUUUUUGCUGCACCUGUCAUCUUCCGAAACACAGACUUUAACAUCUAUAACUGCCAUCAUUUCACAGAAAAAUAGCACCCGUUUCCACAGAGACUUACUGUGUAAUGCUUUCACAAACAAAACAAAA